UUAUUUCUAUAUAUUUAUAUUUCUUGUACAUCGUCUUAACUAUGUCAUUGGGAGAGAUAAACAACAAUAAAAACAUCAUCGAAUGCCAUAAAAAAUCAUAUUCAGAGAAACUGCAACACAAACUCGUAUAUUAUCCAGAAUGGUUUCCAAUAAAUCCACAUUUCCUUAUUCACCAAAGACAUCCCACGCCAUCGGUAUGGGGGUGCUUGAAAUCAACAUGUGAAAAGAACUCGGAGAUGGCUUGUGUUUGGUCCCAUUUAAUAGCGUUUGUAAUCACCGCUGUCGCAUUUUAUUAUUUUGUACAUCUACCAUCUGAAUAUUUUAUUCGAGAGUGGGAAGAGAAAUUUGUCAUAAGUUUUGCGUUUAUUGGAACUUGCACUUGUUGUCUUCUAUCUACAUUUUUUCACACUUUUUAUCAUUAUUCGGAACAAGCGUUUGAAUGCACUUUGAAAAUUGAUCUUUGUGGAAUUGUUGCGGGAGUUGAAGGAGGUUGGGUCGCCUUGCUAUAUUACUCUUUUUACUGCGAAACUAUGCUACGGAAUUUCUACUUGGCUGUAAUUUUUAUGAAUGCAGUGGGCUGUGCCUACCGUAUGACGAGGAGCGACUUACUAAGAUAUGAAAAAAGUAAAGACCGAACAAGAAUAGCAUUAUUCAUGUUUUCCCUCAUUCUACCCGGAUAUGCAAGAAUAUUCUACAACGAUGGUAUAAAAACAGCAAUGAAUAAUGGCCAUAACUGGUCUUUUCUCGGAUUUUUCGUUGCGAUAAUAGGUAUAUAUGUAUAUUCUGAAAAUAUCCCUGAAAGUUGGUAUUCUGGAACAUACGACCACGUGAUCAACAGUCACGUGUUAUUCCAUUUCGCUGCUUCAAUAUGUAUGUGGUUCGUGACACUAACGUUGUGGUUUCUGCGUCAGCAAAGGUUGGAACUAGGAGAUACUUGUCCCAACGCAUAGCGACAUUAAACAAUGUUACGAAAUAGUUUUUAUUGCCACCGACUUGCACCAGCCAGGUCCGACCAUAUUUUAUAACAGUCGCAAUAUGUAUAAGCAAAUGAAAUUGCUGUAAACCAUACACAAAACUGGACAUUCAUUUUUUAUAUCCCAAGUUCCAAUCUUUUUGAAAUUUGGUUGCAUCCAGCUAUGAUCACCCCAACCCUACAAUAAUUUCAAUACAAGAUACAAUUCUUACAAAAACAAAACAAAUACAACAAAAUAAAGCACUCGGAAUAUCACAAAGAGAUACAAUAUUGCGAAGCAUUUGCGUCUUGGGCAUCUUAAUUAGUUAUAUUUUUGGCACUUAUAUAUAUAUUAUAUUUAAGUUAUCGUUUAGCUAGCUAUUACAGGAUCCGUUUAGGAGUGCAUUGUACAUUUGAAUAAUGGUCCUAUAAUGGUGCACUGUUCGCAUAAAGAGAACUCCUCGUAAUAGCCGCAAUUACCACGCAGACUCAAUAUUAAUCUGGAAUGCAGUAUAUAUAUUCAUUUAGUCUUAGCAGAAUGAUUUAUUAUUUUUUGAAAAUGUUUGUAAAUUUAUCUUAUAACCUUGCAUGACUGCUGCAGAGACAUUCGAGAUGAAUGAAUUAAAGAUUAGUUCGAUGAUUUAUUGAUGCGACGUUUGUAAGGAACCCAGGAGAAUGAUAUUUAUCGCGAAACCGGUUGGUAUUCAUCACGACAAAAUGUUUCUUUAUACAUGUUGACUUCAACGUGGUCAAAACUCAGAAGGUUUCCUUUUUUUGCGAUUUGUAUGUGUGCUAAUUACUACUAGAUAAAUGAAAUAUUUUUCAAAAAACAUGAUCCAAAUUCUUUUUUCAUCGGGCACUAACAGACAAAACGCAACAUUUAUAUGGCUUGUUCAAUAAUUCACAUCACGGACCGAAAACCUACUGACCAUCAAUAAGCUUGUAUCUAUUUCAAAUCUUCAUCUUCUAAAUUAGGCUACUGGCCUGUCAUGAAUACAGCUACAAGCCUUCGUUAAUGGAUAGAACUUCACAUAUAUGUUCUGUUGGUGCGGCUAGACUAUGACUACUAUUGCACAUACCAACUUGCCUAAAAGAAUUAUAGAAACAAACCAUCGCUGUAUUAUGACGCGUGAAAAUUACCGCUCAAAACAUUUUUAGCCUCUACCGUUAAAUGAAACAACUUUUACAACCGAACCAUGCUAACAUUUUAAAAAUAACUGCCUCCUUGAAAUUCCGGAAUAUCCAUUCGGGAUGAGCCGAAAUCAUGGGGUUCCAGGAUCAAGAUCACAUGAUGAGGAUCCUAAUCAUACUUAAGUGUAUAUAUUAUAUAUAUACGUUUCAGCAGGAUUCCAACAUGGUAGUACUAUGGAGCGAAAAAUCGCAAAAAAAAAUUGUUCCGAAUUGAAAACGACGGCCGCCACCUUGCUAAGUUCCAUUGUGCGACGACGACCGCGAUCUUGCUGAGUUCCAUCGUGCGACGUCGGCCGCGAUCUUGCCGAGUUCCACCGUGCGACAACGACCGCCAUCUUGCCGAGUUCCAUCGUGAAACGACGACCGCCAUCUUGCUGAGUUCCAUCGUGCGACGACGGCCGUCAUAUUGCGGAGUUCCAUCGAGCGACGAUGACAGCCACCUUGCCUAGUUCCCUCGUGCGACGACGGCUUCGCCUGGUCAGCUCGUUCAAAUAAGGUCAUAAUGGGAUACUUCUUUGGUUACGGCAUUAGUAUUAAUCUGGACACGUACAGGAUCAAUCAACCAAUCAAUUUUAUUUCGGUCGCUCUGGUAUAAAACGAAACAAAAACAAACACAGAGGACCUGGAGGACGGGCAUAACUUAGAAAAGUUAAAAACUGUACCAGUAUCACACCAGGGAAAACGAUGUGCAGUGACAGGAGGUACCGGUAGCUAUCCUAUGUGAAGUUUUCAAAGUGCUGCAGGGUCCGUUAUAUGCGAGGCAUAGCUGGACUUCUCACCGCUGUUCGGUUACGACUUCCUCCACCAUUAAGUACAUGCAUCUAAAACAAAUAAUUGGCUAACAUUGUUUAUUCCUUAUUUAUCAUUUGUU